UGUUUGUUUUGGAAUAGUUUUUAUACAGCAUCUUUCGGUCAUAUAAAAUUAUUGUUUAAAACUACGUUUUUUGCAAGCAGGGAUUGUAAUCCCAGUUGCAUGUUUGUUUCUUUGAUUCGUCUAACUUUCGUGACAAAAAUCUGCAAUAUUUAUAUCUACUGGCACUCUGAUAUCGAAAUUUGGAGUAAAAGUUCUCUCAAAAUAGGUCGAUCAUUAAUUAUACACAUCGCCAUCCUUGGCAUCUCUCAGUAUUCGAUUUCAUAAUUGUUCGGUCAUUCUAUUGAUAAACUAGUUACGAGUCUGCCAUCAAAUUUCGACCAAUCACAUACUAUUUCCUUGUGAUUAAACAUGUGCGAACUUUCCGUGUUGCUGGUUCCAUGAUGAAUGAAGUGUCAUAGGAUAGUAAUGUAUUUAUAAUGUUUUAAGUAUAAUUUCAUUGACAUAGCAAACAAACAGUCAAUUGAAUUUUAUAUUGGCGAUGUCAAAGGCACCUCAUCCCGAUGUUGUAGUAACAAAUCUUGAAUUUGAAAUAGCUAGACGUUUGAGAGUGUUACUUGAUACCAAUGACUCCUGGAAGUUGCUUGCUGAAGGUUUUAAUAAAUGUUAUGGUAUAUUUAGUGCAUGUGACAUAAGAAUGUUCCAGAGUAAAUCCUCACCAUCAGAGAUGCUUCUACAUGAGAUCGGAAAUCGGUUUUGUACUGUUGGAGUUCUUUGUGAAAUAUUGCUGAAUUGUCAACUGUAUGAUGCAUUGGCAUUACUGAGAGAACCAGAACGUGUGGUUAUUACACAACAGCCAAGUGAUGAUGAAGACACCAUUUACAUUCCUGAAGGUACAGACUUACGAUUAGAGUGUCGAGCAUUUGGGCUUCCUCCCCCCAAAUAUGUAUGGUUUCAAGGCAAUGAAGAACUAAAGGCCCAGACAUCUAGCAUUCUUCUCAUAAGGGAUUUCAGCGUGCAGCAUGAGGGUGAAUACUACUGCUGUGUAAGUCAGGACGUUGAUGGCGAAGAGGUGUGCCAGGUGUACUCCCACACUGUUAACGUUGAGCUACUCCCAGUACCUCCCACUAUACAUGAACACCCAGUGCCUUGUGUUGUAUUUAGAGAAGGUGAUGUCAUAACGCUCUCGUGCUUUGCUACUGGAUAUCCAGAGCCUCAGUAUGAGUGGUUCAAAGAGAAUUUUCAGCUUCCUGGAGAAGAAACCAAUACAUUAACUAUUGGUGGUGUUGGUGCAAGCUGUGAAGGCAGUUACAGAUGUUAUGUAAAGAACAGAGGUGGUGCUGUUUGGUCAAAUCACUCAAACCUGUCAAUGAUAGUUCCUAACCCCGAUGAUGAGUCUCGGACCAGAAUUACAGCAACAGAAAAGGUAGCACUUCUCAUUGGUAAUGACACAUACACAGACCUAAGUGAUCUCAACACACCGAGGAAUGAUGUGGCUACCAUCGCUUCGAUUCUGAAAGACAUCGGAUUUAAGGUGAUUGCUCUACAUAAUCUGACGCUCAAUGAGAUGAGAAAUGCUGUAUAUGAGUUUUGUCAGUUGUUACCACAAGAAGGAUACGGAUUUUUCUACUUUGUGGGGCAUGGUUUUGAAAUCCAGGAUAAAUUCAUGCUGCCAGUGGAUGCACCAGGAUCUAAUGAAUAUCGCCGUUGUAACAGUCUGUGUGAAAAAGAAGUGAUUCGAGAUGUAAUGAAAGUAAAACCAAAGCUGUUUCUGAUUUUGCUAGAUAUGUGUCUCAAAAUACCUAGCAGGAAUGAAAAUCCAGGCAUCCAUGAAGAACUGCCAAAGGCAUUCUUGUAUGAGCCAAAGAGGAAUCUAAUUCAACAGUAUGCCACGACAAGUAACUUAGGGGCAUACGAGAGAUCUACUGAAGUAAAUGGCAUAUAUGUGAAUCACUUAAAGAAACAUCUGGAAAAGAAUAUUACCAUUCUUAAUAUCCUGAAAAUGGUUCAAAAAGAGAUUGCAAAUGAAUCAGCUGAUGCAGCUGAUAAACAGAUGCCAUUAACAAGUUCAAAUGUGGUUGAUGAUUUCUGUCUGACAGACUCUGUAACAGGACACCCAGAAACUGAAAUUAGAUUCCAGAAACUCAUGGCAUUACCAGCAGUGGAUACUAUUGUAUUUGAUAAUAUAGGAUGGAAGUCAGUGGUGAAAAUUCAACCACACAGAGACUGUUUCCACAAUAGUCUUGACAUCUACAUUACUAAUAUGGCGCAGUGGGCUGUGGUGUGUUGCAUGGCGUGUGAGAAAUUGAAGUUAGAACUUCACAGAGAAGGAGAUGUCCUAGUAAUAACUAUUCACAACCUUCAGAAGACAAAGAUGCCAAUAGUGUUGUCUGUGAUUUUGAAAGAUCCUGAAUCAAAGAAGGAGGUUAGCAGUUACACAUUUGACUUGGAAAUGCCAUUGAUCACUCAGGCACAUCUGUGGUUUAACUGCAGUCGACCCAGCAGUCCGUAACAUACCAUAUAGGAAGAAGAGCGAAGUGAAUCAUGACUUUUUGAAGCAAGCAUUUGCCUCAAAAAAAUUAGAGAAACCACAAAAAAAAACUUGUUAGUUUUAAAGCCUUGAAUACAAUCUAAAUGAUCAUGUUGACAAUUAAAAGUAUUUACUGAUAACAUUCCUCACUCAUCUGUAAAAUUUCAUGCCUUUCAUGGAACUUGAAGGUUCGUUACUGUGUUCGCAAGAGCCUGCCACUUCCCUGUAUCCUCAGUUAGAUAAAUUCAGUUCAUACCCUUACAUACUACUUCUUAAAAAUUAAUUUUAAAAUUAUCCUCCAACCUGUGUCUACAUGUACGUCCCCAAGUGGUCUCUUUGUUCAGAUUUUCUGAUUAAAAUUCUGUGUGCAGUUUAUCAUCUUUCCCGAUAUGCUACAUACCCUGCCCAUCUCAUCUUGUUUUGCUCAACAUAAUAAAACUGUAAUUGGUACAUAGUAUAAAUUAUUAAUUUCCUCAUUAUGCAAUUUUCUCCACCUUGCCCUUACGUCUUCUUGGGUCCAAAUAAUUGUGUUGCAAUUAUUUGGUGUGGCAACCAUGUACCACAUCAUGUCCCAGGUGUCUCAGCAUACCAAAUGCCAAUCUCUCAUGUUUUCACGAGAAUGCAUAUUAUUUAGGCAUCAACAUUUUCAACAAUUUACCAUCAAGUCUCAUGAGUCUUCGAAAUAAAAAGGCACAAUUUAAAGUAGCUCUAAAAAGAUACUUAAUUAUACACUCCUAUUACUCUUGUGAUGAAUUUCUUCUGUUCACAAAUAAGUCAUAAUGCUCAUUAUCUUGUCUUCAUGUAACAUAAAUAAGUAGUAUAAUUUAUUUGUUGUAUGUAAUGGGUAGAUAUACUUGUACCAUAUUAAGAAUUAUGUGCAACUUUUGUUUAUAACGUGAAAUUUUAUAACAGUACAAACUGAUGUAUAAUAUAUAUUGUAUUAGUACAAUUUAUUCCACAUCCUAUUGCCAUCUGACUAGCUUAUGGAUCCAUGGAAUAAAGAUGUGAAUGCAUGUGUAUAUGUAUGUAUAGAAUUAUCAAUAAAAAACAUCCAUAACCACUGUCA